AUGGACGAUGGAAAAUUUCAAGCCGAGCUCGACAAGCAAUUGUCUCUGAAGCAGCAAGCUUUGAGCGUAACCCCGUUUAUGCCCGGCUUCAGCAUUCACGACAAAAAAGCACGUUUCCCCGGCUUCCACAUGCGCAGGGUCCAAUACAAAGCUGGCCAAGUAGUUGAACCGGGAUCAUUGCCACUAAGCCAUGACUUGGUAAUGCAUGAAAGCGUACCGAUGCAGCUUCGAGAUGGUACACAAUUAUAUUCCGACAUUUUUCUCCCUUCUCGAUUUCAAGAUCUCCAGUCAAAAUCCAAAGAUCCCGUGCCAGCUAUCAUCGCUUGGAGCCCAUAUGGAAAACAAAAAGGCGUGACGAUUCUAGAUGAUUUGCCAUUCCGCGCUGGUGUUCCGAAGCACCGUGUUUCCGAACUUCAAAAAUGGGAGGGACCAGACCCCGCAUUCUGGUGUCCGCAAGGAUACGCCGUCAUCAAUCCUGACAGCAGAGGAGCUUAUACCUCUGAGGGAGACCUCUUGAUGUUUGGCCAUCAGGAAGCGGAAGAUGGAGCAGACUUUAUAACGUGGGUAUCUAAACAGCCGUGGUGCAACGGUAAGGUGGCUUUGAGUGGAAAUAGUUGGCUUGCCAUUGCUCAAUGGAGGAUUGCUGGACUGCGUCCAGAGGGCUUGGCUGCUAUCGCUCCAUGGGAGGGUUUUGUGGAUUUCUAUCGCCAAUCUAUGUAUCCAGGCGGAAUUCUGUUUCCUGGCUUCCAUCAGGAGGUUGUCGGGUCCUUCGCUACGCAGGGUAGGCUGGAAGACAUAACAUCAUAUGCCCGCAAUCACGACGUUGUCGAUGCAUACUGGCUGGACAAGAUGGCUCAUCCCGAGCGUAUCAAUGUGCCGGUAUAUGCUGUAGCCUCUUGGACAAAUCCGGUUCAUACGGUCGGAACCUUUGCGGCAUGGGAGGCACUGCCUGAAGACCUGCCAAAAUGGCUGCGGGUGCACAACGCGCAAGAAUGGGCUGAAUACUACAACGAUUCAAACCAGAAAGACCUGCUCCGCUUCUUUGACUUCUAUCUCAAGGGCAAGACUGGGAACGGUUGGCUCAGCACGCCACAGGUUCGUCUCAGUGUGUUGCACUUUGGGUUAACGGAUCUAGAGGACACAACAAAUCGGGCCGAGACUUCGUUCCCACUCGAACGUGUCAGAAACACCAAGCUUUUCCUUCAAGAAAAUAAUUCACUUUCAUUAAACCCCAGCGGUCAGCAUUCGGCUCUUUCUUAUGACUCGACCUCAGGAAAGCUAUGUUUCUCUUAUCAGUUUCAGGAGGAAUGCGAAACGACCGGCUACUUCAUGGCACACCUCGCAAUGUCAUGCCAGGAGCACAGCGAGAUGGACAUAUUCGUGCAAGUUGAGAAGCUCACGCCAACCAAUCGCAGGCAGGCCGUCAUGACUAUUCGGCCAUUUAACGCUGCCAUCAGAGCAGUUCUCAAAUUUUUGCACGAUAAGGACUACCUUCCUGGGUCAGCGGGCAUGGCUUUCCACCGUGGCCCCGACGGCUGCCUCCGAGCAAGUCACGCUCUAGACAAGGACGAAACGACCAGCCGGCCGGAAAAGCCGGUUUACACGCAUAAUAGAAGAGUGUCUCUCAAGAAGGGAGAAAUUCGACAUCUCGAUAUUCCGAUGAGACCUUAUGGCAUGUUUUGGAAGGCUGGUGACACUAUGCGGUUGACAGUUCAAGGAAGCAUGGUGAUUCCAUUCGCCAUUCCAGGCUUGGAGAUGCACAACACAGACAACAAAGGUAUACAUGUCCUUCACUGCGGUGGAAACAGACAAGAAAGUUCAUACCUUUCGGUGCCGUUUGUCUGA